AUGGAAGAUUAUGGGAUGCACUUUUCUCCAGACUUGUGGUUUUCUGGCAGCAGCCUUGAAGGGAGUCUUCCCUUGGAAGAACUCGCUGCAUGGGCUGAGGCAGCUCUCGCUAAGGAGAUGAGAAACAACAUGUUUGAGACUGCUGAAGCUGUUUCCAGCUCUCUCACGGAGGAGGAACUGGUUUUUGCUGCCCCACGAAACCAGGAUGGCAGCAACACUGUCACAAGUACUACGUGUGUAAAGGAAGAAAAGGCCAAGGUGCUCAAAGGAAGGACCCGGGCGCUGUUCUCAGACAGCCAGUUAAAAACUCUUGUCAAUCACUUUAAUCAGAAACAUUACCCUGACCCACGGGAGAUGACAGAGUUGGCAGAGUUGACAGGACUGACCUACAAACAGGUGAAGACUUGGUUUCAAAACCGAAGGAGAAAGUUUAGGAGGAGUCCAGAUUCUCAGCAUCUCAAUCAGGGCGUCCCACUUCAUUUUCAGGGAGCGUCCUCACUCAGCGAGCAACUGGACAUCAGCUUCAUGAGAAUGGGCCCACUUUCCUCAUGCUGUGGGCAAUGUUGUCCCUGGACCUCAAUGGACCCUCCACAACUCACCUCAGAUGUUUGGCUGGUCGAUGCCACCAGGCAAUGGACAUUAUGA